CAAAUAUUCCGUCAUGCACCCAGGAACUCACGUGUGGCCGCACACAGGGCCAACAAACUGCAGGCUCCGAAUGCACCUGGGCUUGGUGAUUCCCAAGGAAGGCUGCAAGAUCCGAUGUGCCAACGAGACCAAGACUUGGGAGGAAGGCAAAGUGCUCAUCUUUGACGACUCCUUCGAGCACGAGGUGUGGCAGGACGCGUCGUCUUUCCGGCUGAUAUUCAUCGUGGAUGUGUGGCACCCAGAGCUGACGCCCCAGCAGAGACGCAGCCUUCCUGCAAUUUAGCGUCACUCAGGCUCAGGACACUGUUGAGGGGCUUCCUUCUGGUUCUCUGUCCGUGGGUGUGGGCAUAGAAGUUCAAACACCAAGGUCCUUCAUUUUCUUGAUUUGCAGUCUGAAAGCUUCUAAACCUCUUCUUAGGGUGUGAAGACACUAAGGGGAUUGUUUGCCUCACUACAAAUCACUUAGAAAAUACCCUGCCGUAUUCCAUCCUGUGACAGCACCCAUCUGGUGCCCGUAUUUCAGGUGAAUCCAUGAUAGCGUCUACCUUGCCAGCCAAAGAUAUGUUUUUCCAUUUAGAAUAGGUUAAAUCAGUGUACAGUGAGAAUGUAUGUAGAAACUGUGAAAAGAUUACUUUAGCUUGUAAUUUUUCUAUGCAAUUAUAUUUUUCUAGGGUAGCUAGAUUUUAUCCUCACGUACCACUACUUUUUUUGUUAAUUUUAACAAGCUGUGUAAAUGCUUUACUUCUAGCUGUUUAAUGGUAACUUUCCCAGUGGAUUCAGACUUCCCUCUUAUAAUUAUUUUUAGUCAAAGACAUUCAUGAAAAAAGCAAUUUUAUUUUCCUAAUACAAAGCAGAAAGACAUACAUUACACCAAUGAACUGUACUGUUCCCUACCCAUUGAGUCUAUUUGCUUUCUUAUCUUCAUUGAGAAUCAAAGUGUCUUAAUUUCUCUCCUCACUAUAUGAGUGGUGGAGAUACUGUCAAGAUGGCAUUUCUUUCUAAGAGGAACCUUUUACACUAAAAUUAGACACGCAAUCAUUUUAUAUUGAGUUAUACAAAUGCCACAUGUAAAAUUUUUUUUUUUUUUUUUUAGCUGAGCCAUCCUGCUACCUG